AUGCCUAGUGUUUUAUCUUCCGACUAUGAGCAUUUCGCCUCUAUCGCAUGGUGUGCUAAGCACCUGCGUGGCCGGAGAGUUAUCGCCGGUUCGCCAGCUAGCCGCAAAAGGAAAUCCAACGGGGAAGACUCACUUUACGCGGAGACCUUAAAAUCCCAAACUACCAUCUUAGCCAUGUUAGAGGUCUACGAGGAACCUAAGUCGCCAAUGGACCGCGUGGAUUCUCUUAAGAUGUUUUUAACCCUCGGCUCCGGCUUAAACGGACACCCGGGCAUCUGCCACGGCGGAAUCGUUGUGGCGAUUCUUGACGAGGUCAUUGGUCUUCUCAUCCCGACCAACCAGCAAAGAGGGUCCAUGAAGGAUCUGCCAUUUAUGACGGCUUAUCUCAACACCGCCUUUCUAAAGCCUGUUCCUACCUGCGCGACUGUUCUAGCGCGAGCUAGGAUUUUGAAGGUAGAGGGGAGGAAGUAUUUUGCUGAGGGAUGGAUCGAAGAUAGUGAGGGGGCCGUGUUAGCUCAUGCUGAUGCUUUAUUUGUUACGCUGAAGAGCACUUUAUAA